UUUGGAACGGUCGCAGUUUCAGAGCCGACCGAUGGCCUCAAUUCCGCUCGACGACGCCAUCUUGCAGAAGAUCUACGCGUGGAUCGACGAGGUUCCGCUCUCGCGGCCCAAGAAGAACAUGGGCCGCGACUUUAGCGAUGGCAUCUUGGCCGCCGAAGUCAUUGCGUACUACUUUCCACGGCUCGUUCAAAUGCACAACUACAGCGCCGCCAACUCGGUGACCCAAAAACAGUACAACUGGAACACGCUCAACACCAAAGUCCUUCGAAAGCUCGGGUUCCAGCUCACCAAGCGCGAAAUGGACGACAUCGUUCAGUGCAAGCCUGGUGCUGUGGAAGAGUUCCUCACCAGACUCCAGAUCAAGAUCGCCAACUAUCGGCUCAAGCGCAGUAGCCAGUAUGACCCCGACACGGACGGCCCCCCGGAGGCACCAAGCCCCCUCGAUCGGAAGCGCUCCGAGGUCCGCGACGUCGAGAGCAAGGACCACUACCACGACGAAGCACUGGCCGCCGACAAACUCGCCUCACCUGUCUCGAUGGACGAGUACCCGUCGAGCAUUGCGGGUCUGGCAAGAGCGUUCAAGCCAGAGGGCGAGCUUCAAGCGCAGCUGCAAGAAAAGAACAGCGUCAUAGAAGAGCAAAAGGAGACGAUCCAGAUUCUGGAGCAGAAGAUCCAGAAACUGGAGCAGCUCGUGCGGCUCAAAGAUGGAAAAAUUCAGACGCUCGUCGCCAAAUUGCGGACGCAAACCAAGUCGUAA